GGACGCUCAAGAGAAGUCUCCUUUGUUUCGAGUGGGGAGGGUGCGGGGGUUGGUUUUCCCCGCUGCAGCUGAGGUUAUUUCGUCUUCAACCCCACCCCUCCUCCUCCUCCCCCCAGUUCACCCCAUCUACGCGACCAGGUUUCAGCCGCCUUUUGUGGGUUCGCAUUCAUGCAAUUGGUGGAUUCUUUUUGGAAAGCCCACGAGGUGGCUACUUAUCUGCACUGACUAGUCAGAGAGCCAGCUUCACUCGCUCCUAGCUCGCUGCGCUCCCGGCCGUGCCUGUCGCCUCGCCUCGGGCUGGGCACCGCCGGGCAUCGCUGGGCACUGCUGUUCACUCCCUCCUUCCUCGCUGUCAGGCUGCCCGAGGCGUCUCUCCGUCUCUGUCUCCCGAGACUCCGCUGCCUUUCCUCAGUAGCUUUGCCCCUGACGCUUUGGGGCACCUGUUGUGGGCAGGGAGAGCAGAGAUGAAGGUCCUGGGACAUAAGAUAGAGUUGUUAACAGGGCUGCUGCUCCAGGAGGUGACCAUGGCUGGGCUCCACGAGCUGCGAUUCACCGAAGAGAAGCCGCUGCUCAGAGGGCAAGACACUGAGCUGGAGAACUCUGAUGCUUUCCUCUCGGCAGUGGAUACAGACUGGAAGGAACAUGACAUAGAGACCCCGUAUGGCCUUCUCCAUGUUGUGAUUCGGGGCUCUCCUAAAGGAAACCGCCCUGCCAUCCUCACCUACCAUGAUGUGGGGCUCAACCACAAGCUCUGCUUCAACGCUUUCUUCAACUUCGAAGACAUGCAGGAGAUCACCAAGCACUUCGUGGUGUGCCAUGUGGAUGCCCCCGGGCAGCAGGCUGGGGCAUCACAAUUCCCUCAGGGGUAUCAGUUUCCCUCCAUGGAGCAGCUGGCUGCCAUGCUCCCCAGUGUGAUCCAGCACUUCGGGUUCAAGUACGUGAUUGGCAUCGGGGUUGGAGCUGGAGCCUAUGUCCUGGCCAAGUUUGCUCUGAUCUUCCCUGACCUUGUAGAGGGCCUGGUGCUUAUGAACAUUGACCCCAAUGGCAAAGGAUGGAUUGACUGGGCAGCCACCAAGCUCUCAGGCUUGACGAGCACUCUACCAGACACGGUUCUUUCUCACCUUUUCAGCCAGGAGGAACUGGUGAACAACACGGAGUUGGUGCAAAGCUACCGGCAGCAGAUCAGCAACACGGUGAAUCAGUUCAACCUUCAGCUCUUCUGGAACAUGUACAACAGCCGCAGAGAUCUGGACAUAAACCGGCCUGGGACCGUCCCCAAUGCCAAGACCCUUCGCUGCCCAGUGAUGCUCGUGGUUGGGGACAAUGCGCCUGCAGAGGAUGGGGUGGUCGAGUGUAACUCUAAGCUGGACCCAACCAAUACCACCUUCCUGAAGAUGGCCGACUCUGGUGGACUUCCUCAGGUCACACAGCCCGGGAAACUGACUGAAGCCUUUAAGUACUUCCUUCAAGGCAUGGGCUACAUUGCAUACUUGAAGGACCGAAGGCUGAGUGGAGGCGCAGUGCCAUCAGCCAGCAUGACUCGUCUGGCCCGGUCCCGUACGGCCUCUCUCACCAGCGCCAGCUCUGUAGACGGCACCCGUCCCCGAGCCUGCACCCACUCGGAGAGCAGCGAGGCCCUGGGCCAGAUCAACCAUACCAUGGAGGUGUCCUGCUGAGGCCCCUGUUGCCUCCCUGGAGAUGACCCCACUCCCACAUCCAGUCAUCCAAUCACCAUCCAACUGCCAUCCCUGUGCGCCUCCCGCCUCCUUGGUUUUAUUUUUGUGGGGGGAGGGGAGAGGGGUUUACUUCUUUUGUUUUGUUUUGUUUUUUUAAAAAAAGAGAGAGAAAAGAUAAAUACUCCAAGAAGGAGGAGAACCACCUUAAAAACCACAGCCCAGCUGAGUCUCCAGAGCGUUGUGGGAGUCUGGUGACCUUUUUUGUCAUCACCUCCGAGGCCAGGGCCCUUUCCUUCCUUCCCCCUGUGUUUCAGCUUCAGGGAACUGGGCCUCCCUGGGGGAAGCAGGACCCAUUCUUUGGGUGGAUGCCAGUCCCCCCCUUAGGACAUUGCCCCUUCACCCAGCCCACAAAUGUCCCCCCCCCCAGGCCGAGGAAGUCACGCACAAGACUGGGGACCUCCCAUAUCUGCUGGGGCCUCUGGGUCCAGGACCCUGGGGAAGCGUCCCACGGCCCAAGUUUGCUGAGUUAGGUUAAGAUCCGUUUCCCCAGCCUGGUUCAGGGUCUGUAGAUGUGGGAGAAGGCUUAGCAAAGUCACUUCUUUUUGUCCCUCUCCUCCCAGCCCCAAUCCUGAACCUUUUCUCAACAGGAAGUGAGACUGUUGACCUAUUAGCCCACCUUGGCAGGGUUAGGGGAUGUUUCCAAGGUGCUGAGUAGAAGAGGGGAAAUCCCACCCUAGUUGGGAAGGGUCCUGCCCCAAAGAACCUGGAAGGAAUCAGCAGCAAAGAAGUGUUCUGGGAGGGGGUAGUGGAUGUGUCACCCAGAGUCCCCGGCAAAGAGCCCAGGAGCCUUUCCGGCCCCUCCCACGCGCUUCUCGAUAUACAGAUAGAUAUAUUUUUAAGUCUUGUUGCAUAGAUGACAAUCAACGAUAACAACCAGAAGUCUGACUUGCACCUCACCACCCUCUUUCCACCCUCGGCUGUGAGAGGCUAGGGCACCCCGGAAAGAAAGCCUGGAGACUGCUGAGCUCUGUUGGCGGGUCCCUCUCUGGCAGCAGUAGACCUGGGGCCCCUAAUCAGAUAAGCAGUCUUCAGAGGCCUGGCUUGCGUGGGGGAAAGGUGCCAAGAGCUUUAGGCCUAGUGGGGGCGCUGGCAAUGAUUGCUUGGAGCAGGAGGAGGAAGUGGGCUGGAGCCAGGCCUACCUGUGGAGGCCGGACAUCUCCCCACUGAGGGGCUGGCUCUCACCUGGGCCUCCUCCACCUCCUGCCUUCCCCUUCCCCUGGUUUUCUUUUGGGCUGGGCUGGUGCUGCAGCAUUCAUUAGUCAUUAUGUCUGAUUCUCCUCCGCUGUGGUAGGAGGGAGCAGCUCAUUCCCAUGUGAGCCCCUUGCUGAGAUGGGCAUAAGGUCUUAUGUAGAAGGGUUGUAAUGUUGGAGUACAUCAAGCACCGAAAAGAUGAUUCCUUUGCCUAGGAUACACCAUGACUAGGGAGAGAUUCCCCAUGACCAGUCUUUCAUCAUCUGCCCAAUGAUCAACUUUUGGCCAAGCGUCCCCAAAGGGACACUGAGUCUUUGUGAUCUGGAAGGCUCUUCUUCCCUUUGCUGUGCAGAGAUGGAGAAGGCAUCGACCAGGAUCCUAUGGGGGUGGAUCAUGGGGCCCAGGAAGCAAAGGAGGCCAGGAUCAGUGUAUGGUAAAGAGACCAAGUGGACCGCCCCAAAGCUUGUCCCCUCAUAGAAAGGCAUCGGGAGCAGCACUUGGCACUGGAUAAGUCAUUUUUCUCUAUACCCCUUUAUCCUAUGUCUGCCUGGAGGUAGGGAGAACUAAGUCAUCUGUCCACAGCUGGCCCAAGCUCCUGAGGUCAUGACCCCACACCUUAUCCCAAACUCCUAGAGCUGGCCCAGGUGAAUGGCUUGUGGGGUGGAAACGGGACUGAAUAGGGAAGGGAAGAGAUGAGACGGGGCUGCUACCCCCAGCACGGUCACAAGCAGACUCUCCCAGCCCUUGAAGCUGGUGGCCGGAGGCCUCCCUUAGCGGUAGGGAAACAGAAACAGGAAGCAAAAACUUCAGCUCAUUUUACUGGAAGCCUAAGGAAAUGAUACCUGAGAUCCCACAAGCCCUUAGAGGGAGAGGAGAUGAGAGACGCUCAUGAACGCGAAAGGGCCUUGGAUGCCAGUUUUAGGAGAGCCACAGUCUGUGUGCACAUGUCUGGUUCCACUUGACACACAAUCUGGUUUAAAUAACGUCAAGCCACCUUCAUAACCAUCCUAGAAAUGACAAGUAGACUACUUUGUCCCCAGAUCUCUUCUCCUGUGUGCUUCCUUUGAACAUUAAAUGUGAAUGUUUGAAAGCUGGUAGAAAUAAUCCUUUUUACUGUAGCUAGUGCUGCCAUUUUUCUUGGGUUUUUGGUGUGUUCUUUAAGAUGAGAUAUCUAUAAAUAUCUAUACAUAUUAUAUAUACAUAUAUAUAUAUUGGGUCUCUAUGUGUGGCUUUCUGUUGGAGGUAGUUUGAUUCUAUCUGUUGGUUUACUUUUUUUUCCCUUUGGUUGAAGUAAAAUUUACUGGACUUCCUGCUUCUCUCUACAAGGUGAAAAACCUAUUUUUGUGCAUUAUGGUGGUUGAUGCUACUAUUUGCAUCAACGCCAUGAGACUUUGAGAUGACUGCAAAUGUAAAAUGAAUACAAACCCUUGUUGUAGAAAGAAUUAACUGUGUUGAAAAACUAAUAAACUAAGAAGAGUGUAA